AUGGGUUCAAUCUGCAAAUGUCCAACUUUAGAUUCUAAAACCUGUUAAAGUGAAGUGACAUUUACAUCAAAAAAUAUGAUGUCAUAAGGUUAAGAAAAAUUUAAUAAUUAAUUCGUUUCCCCUUUUUAAGAUCAACGAUUUAGGACCUUCUAUAUUAUUUACCCAAAAAAUGAAAAUGAUUUAGUUUAAUUACUAGAAUAAUUACAAGUUUUAAAUCAAGACUAACUAUUUGAAAUCGAAGAAUAUUAUUAAUAAAGCUAAGAGAACGAGAGAAACGAAGUUAAUAGUCAUUUUAAUUUAAAUUGCAUUUCUGAUGGAUCAUUUAAUUAUAUACAUCUUACAAGUAAUCAAGAGAAGAAAUGA